UGGAAAGGUUGAUGGCUUCUGAAAGCGAGCUCUUUCUCUGUUCGUCUUUCUCGCGAUCAAACCCUAACGAGCCUCGAAAGAAAGAAAGAAUGAAAGCAGAAGGUGGUUAUGUUCCACCUCAGUACAUACCAUUACAACAGGAAGACAAUGAAUUUGAGAGUAAUGUUGUGGAUGUUAGUCAACCUUCUCAGCAUCUGGCUAGUCGACCGGAUCCUGUACAGUGGUCUUCUGGAAUUUGUGCAUGCUGUGAUGAUAUGCCCAGCUGCUGUAUAGGAACCUUCUUUCCUUGCUUUCUGUUUGCCAAAAAUGCAGAAUUCCUGGGCUCGGGAACCUUAGCAGGGUCAUGCAUGACCCACUUAGUUUUGUGGGGCCUCGUCAAUAGCCUAUGCUGUCUGUGUACUGGAGGUAUUCUGUUUGGAUUAACAGGAUCUGUGGUUGCUUGUUAUGCUGGAGGAUAUCGCAGGGCAUUACGGGCAAAGUAUAAUCUCCAGGAAGCACCCUGUGGUGACUGCGCCACGCAUGUGUGCUGCCACUUGUGUGCCAUCUGCCAAGAAUACCGUGAGAUUCGAGAGAGGUCUCAAGGAUCCAGUCCGGUACUUGGCAUUCCAGUGAUCGCUGCUCCGCCUAUUCAAACAAUGGGGAUGGAAUCAAUAUAUCCUCCGAAAUAAUUCUACUGUCAAACAUAUAUCUGCUGAUAUUUCUCAUGUUGUAUUUUUAUUUUUAUUUUUUUCUUCUGUCUAUACUAUAUUCAAAAGGUUUUUUACUGAGAUUUUCUCUGUGCUAAAUCUCGGAUUGUUGCUGCUCCGGCGAUCGUCGCCCUUGUUCUGCUUCUGUGCCUGAGUUUCAUGCAUAUUUUCCUAUACUGAAUUCUAUGAAUUUUGUGCAGUGAGUUUCUGGAAA